CGCAUAUAUUGUGCAUAGUGAAUAGGAAUAUGGAGAACAUAAUAUUGGUUAUAUUUCUGUUUCAGUUUUUUUAUGAAGCCUCUCCUAUAUUUUCUUCUCUCUCUCUCUCUCGAUCCCUCUCAUUUCUAUAGUGUACACACACAUGCAUUCACACACAUACACAUAUACUCCACUUAAGCUACACCACUGUGUAAUAUACAUACAGAUCCAGUGUUACCUUCCCCACCUAUGUCUCUGCCCAUCAUCGCACCUUAUCGUCAAUAUUUCAUUCCUCGCUCUCCUUCACUUCGUCUACUCCUGCCCAAGCUCUACAAAAGUAUUUCCUUAGACCUUGCUUCUACCAACUCCUCGCCUCCGACGCCCCCUUCCUUUCAGCUCCCUGGUGAGCAAGUGCGCCCUAAUGCUCCCAUUCCCUCUGCAGCCCUCUUGGCAUCGACCUCCGCCGUCCCUGCUUCCCGCAACAGAGGUUCGGCUGUGUCGCAGGGGAGACAGCUCUCGGCAUCUCCACAGCUACAACCCGUGGAGUACGAGGCUCCCUCCAACAGCCUGGAACCCCUGCUGGCCAGACAGCUCUUUAGGCACUCCCCGGCCAACGCUCAGCUUCUCAGCGUUAAGCCUGCCUUGACAGGGAUCAUAAGUCGACUUCCAGACAAUGCCACCCUCCUCAGACCCAACAUCAAGGAUACGUUCUCGUGCAUUGGAAGGACAUACGGCUACUACGCUGAUCCAGACAACGAUUGUCAAAUCUUCCACGUCUGCUUGCCUCUCCACUCGCUUUACCCAACCCUUUUCAAGACUCAAACUACAUACCAUUUUUCGUUCAUCUGCGGAAACCAGACCAGCUUUGACCAGGCGAGUAUGGCCUGCGUUCACAAGGACAGCUUCACCUGCGACAACCCGGAGAUGUACUACUACCUCAACUACAACUUCUUCAGGAAGGUCAAGACGCCCGAGGGCGAGGAAAGGUGGGCGUGGGUCAACGAAGAUGUGCCCAAAGGCUUUGCACCUGAAAAGCCAGGCUCCGCGUCUGUGAAGCCAGGCUCCGCGUCUGUCUCCGUCUCUGUGCCUGUCCCCGUGCCCACCGGGAGGAAAUAGAAGGCCAAGGUGUCAUCGGGUUUCCUUCUUAUGCAACCCGGACCAUCUGUUGCAAGGAAAGCGCUUUGAGAGCUGUCUUCCCUGGCCGAUUCUUGUUACUGGAACUUUCUUUGUGUUUUUUGUUGUUUUUUGGGGAAGAGUUGACAAGGUUCUGUGACUGGUGACGGCCAUUAUCUCCUCUUGUUCACUUCCUCCUUCCAUUUGGGUUGUCCUUUCUCCUUUUCUUCCCAGCAAUGUGUUCACAUUGCAAAAGGACUCGUUUUGCAAGCGCUAAACUGCAAGCACAUGGAGAAAGCGCGUCCCUGCCUCCAAGUCAAGACCAUCUGAUGACGUGUGCACGGUGCAAGCAAGUGUGCCGUGUACGUAGACUUAUAGCGAUGUUCGUGGCAGACAGUUAUUUAAGUUAUGUGUCCUUUUGAUAUUGUUUUUAAGUAUUGUCGUUAUUAGGGAUAUUUUCAUUAGGUUUUGUUCUUUCUUGUUCUUGAAAGAAUUCUUAUUCUUUCCUUUUGUUGAAUUACAUGUGUAUAUAGUCAUCACUCGGGAAAGGUUUAAAACUAAUGCCAAGAAACUUGACUUACCUAACUGUAUUCGGGAAAUACAAGAAAGGACGAAAUCUUGUUUUAUUUUCUGUGCAGCGACCUUCACACCUAAGCCAAUACCUAUAGAUACGAUAGUAGCGACAACGAUCAUCAUAUGGUGAUUGUGAUGAUUGUGAUUGAAAGAAGGUAAUGACGGUAAAUAUAACGAUGACAGGGGGGAAAACAUCAACUGUAAGGAUGACGGUGAUUGCGAAAUCAACGACAUAGAGGAUUGUUGUUAAUUAGAGCGAUAAACCAAUAGCCAAAAAAAAAGAA